GGGAAUUGUAGUAUGACAGUAGGUGCGCUUCCGAUCAAGGCAGGUGCUUAAACUUUAGCUCAAGAAAGUAGCCGGCUUAUGUUAAAGGGUGUAACCUUCAACAAAGAGAAAGAGAUAUUGGUUGACUUUUCGGGACAGACCGUAGCCAACGUGUGCUUCCCUCAUCCGGCGAAAGAGAUUGGAAUCCAGUCCGACAAGCAAGAGCCGUUCUAGUCAUCUCCUCCCCUUCCUGCUUUGGAAUCCACCGUCACGCAAAACGCAGAUGUCACACCAGUCUUUGCGUGAGCCCACCAGCGCCCCCUGCCUACCGGUAACGGCUGUGGCAUGGACCUCCACUGUCAGCACCUGCCCAAAGGACCUGACUCUGAUCAGUACGACGGAGGAAGGAGCAGCGGCCAAUUUUGUUCGUGGAUUUGGGAAGACUGGAUAUUACCUGUGCUACAGCAGGAAAACGGGGGGAGGGAUGGUGGUGUCCGACAUUCAGGUGAUCUCUGAGAAAGACUCAACCCCUCAUGGAUACUGCUACAUACCUGAAUACCUGGAACCCAAGACCUCACUGUGGAGGAAGAAGCGUGUGUGUGUGCGUGUGAUGCCGCUGGGCACCGUGGAGAGGGCUGUGCUGGACAUCAAAGUGACCACCAAGAGCAAAGCAUUGCUGCCCCAGUACACCUGCCUCGGGGACAUACACGGGUUUGUGAUCUGGUGUAAGAGGGGCGUAUUCUCCGGCCCUACACCCAAAACCAUGCCCCGUAGCAUCAGCCUGGACAUCCGCAAGAUCUCCCUGGACCCGCCUGUACCCUCAAAACUGCCCAAAACCAGUAACGGCCCUAUUGCACCGGAACAUGGGAAACUGAGCCAACGCCGUGGUAACCUCCACAAAAAAGACAAUAUGGAGUCCAUAGCUGAGAACAGUGUCAACAUUCCUUCAGCGAUGGAUGGAAUUCCCUUUGCCCUGCAUCCCAAGUUUGAGUCACAGAGCAGCAAGGUGCCUUCAGACACUCUGAACUUCCGUAUAAAGUCAGCACAAGAUAUUCAGAAUGAGUACAACUACGCCUUCACAGUGGAGGAGAAGGCCUCCAAACGAGAGCCCCCCAGGACUUCCCUCGCCCCGUCCUCUCACGCGCCCCCCGUCGUCCCGCCCCGCCCAAAUUAAGAGGGUGCCUGGCGGAUCAGUUCCUGGGACAGAGAGCACACCUGGAGCUGUGACAAACCCGCCUUCCUCCAACCGCUCCAUGGACGUUAGCCUCUCUGAGCCUGACGCUCAUAUAUACACAACAUAUCACAUUACAGUUAUUCAGCUGAUCCUUUUAUCCAAAGCGACUUACAGUUGAUUCAGCUGAUCCUUUUAUCCAAAGCGACUUACAGUUGAUUUGACUGAGCAGGGGGCAAUCCCCCCUGGAGCAACACACAGACACACUCACACACAUACUCACAUACACACACUCUCUCACACACACACACACGCACACUCACACACAUGAAUAACACAUACUCACAUACACACUCUGUAACACACACACACUCACACAAACUCUUUUGCACUCAUGAAUGUAAAUGUGACAGAUUGCUGCUGGUGACAGUAAACAGAUUGGAGUGUAGUCAACAAUAUACUGUAUAUAUAUGAAAUAAUGUCAUGCUGAUAAUAGGCUAAGUUUUCAAUUCAGCCUUAUGUUCGAUUUUUUUGUUGUUGCAAUAUGACCAUUUCUUCAUUAUAAUAUUCAAUGGUCCUGCAUUUUUUAUACUUUAGAGGGAAAUAGACAUGGGUGAUAAGUUAAUGAAGAAAUCUCCAUCUUUACCAGAUAAAUAUAAUGUAUAUGUAAUUAAAGGAGGUGUUAAGGAAAAAAAAAGAAAAUAAAUUUUUUUUCUAAAUGUAUUACUUGUUUAAUCAUAAAUGCAUACAAAAAUAAAUAUUAAUUAUC